GGAUUAUUCUUAAAACCUUCCUUCACUUCUAUUCACGUCGUCGUUCAGCUCUCUCUCUCUCUCUGUAAUCCGUGUCUUUGCAAUUCAUCCCCAAAUGUAAAAACCCUAGAAUCCACACUCUCACUCGAAUAAACCUCACUUUCUGCAGAAUCAAACGUUCAAUGACCUCCGAAGAAAUCUCCAUCAACGGUCUAAACUCACAGCUCGUAUUUCAAGACGAUGCCUUGCGCUUUAACUGUCAGCAGCAGCAACACCGGGUUGGUGAUCCGGGUCCGAAGACCCGGGAGCUCACUGGUUUCAUCGACGACAAGAUGUUCUCCGUCGACCGUGACCGUUUUUUCCGAUCUCAAUCGGCAAUUUACGACCCCCAACCCCACGACCGCAGGGACACACGAGGCACGCGAGACUGGAACGGCCACGCCACGUCACCGAGCACCGAUCAGUCUGACGGCGAGGAAGACGAUAUUGACGAUGAAGAUGACGAGGCUGAUGAUGAUCUAAUAGAAGAUGGCCACAACAACAAGAAAAAUAACAAUACUAGUUGUAGUAAUAAUAAUAACAAAAAUAAUAGUGCGAAUUGUAGUGUGAUAACGGGUGCAGUGGAUAAGACGAAGAAUGAGGGGUUUAUUAAAAAUGGUAAUGGGGUGCAAACGGUUAAUAAUAGUAUGGUGACGGUGGCGGAGGUGGAUGGUGACGUGUACUAUUCCCAGUAUUUGCAAGGAAGUAAUGAGGGCUCAUCUGGGUCUGGACAGAAGGAGUGUGUUGUGGUGGAUAAUGGUUGUGGGAUUAGUGGGUCUGGAGAUUCUUUAAGGGCCAUUUUGUCUGAUCCUGUCACGGGAGCUCUCAUGGAUGAUGCGAUGAUAUUGCCUUGUGGACAUUCUUUUGGAUCGGCUGGAAUACAACAAAUUCUUAGAAAUAAAGCUUGCUACACCUGUUCACAGCCUGUUUCAGAAGACUCAGUAGCUCCAAAUCUAUCUCUCCGAGCUGCUGUGCAGGCAUUUCGUAGAGAAGAAGAAUUACUAUAUUACCGCUCAUCUAAGAGAAGAAGAGAAAGGUUUGACCAGGACAAGGGUAAUUUUGGUGAUUCUUCUGUAAUGGAACCUCCAAGGGGUCGCGGUGUUCAGUUUCCGUUUGCUGUGACAGAUCGGGUUAUCAUAAAGGGGAACAAAAGGACACCACAACGCUUUGUUGGACGUGAGGCUGUUGUUACUACACAAUGCUUAAAUGGAUGGUAUGUGGUGAAGACGUUGGACAAUGCAGAAAGUGUAAAACUGCAGUAUCGCUCACUCGCCAAGGUUUCUGAUGAUAUAUCAAAGCCAAUGUCAAGCAAGAUGGCACCAAACUGGCUCUAGACCUGCUGUAAAGAAAAUACUUAAUACAGGGAUGUGGUACUUUGUUUAAAAUAUGCCACACUUCAAAUGUUCAAUCUAAUUCUGCUUCUGUUUGUAUGGUCACUGCCUUUCUUUUUCAUCUUUUUUUGACAAUCAUUCUAAUGUCUUGUAAAUUAUAGAAAAGCCCUUCUACAUUAAUCUGAGGACAAUAAUGCACUUGAGAUCACAGUGGUACAUAAAUCGAUUUUGAUCCAA